AUGGUUUCCGCCAAAACAUUCGCUACUUGGGCAGUUGCCGCCAUUGCUGGCGUUGCCGCUGCUCCCUCUGAGCUUCACCAUGUCGCCCGUCGCGACUGUGGAAGCAAAGGAAAUGCGGUGUCUCAAGCCGAGACAGCCCCUGUUGCCGCAACUUCUCCCCAGACCUCUACCGACGGCCAGUCUACCAACAGCGGUCAGACCACUACCGGUGGCCAAACCACAACUGGGGUCCAAACUUCCGGCAGUGAGACUACCACCGGUGGCCAGACCUCUACCAGCGGUGCGGCAUCAUCUGGCGAUGACAGUACCUGUGUUAACAGCCCUACUAGUCGCCAGUGCUGGCUUCCGGGCUACGAUCUGACGACCAACUACUAUGAAGAUGUUCCCGACACGGGCGUUGUCAGAGAGUACUGGUUCAACAUUGAGAACACCACUGCUUCCCCUGACGGCUACGAGAUGCCCGUGCAGUUGAUCAACGGAUCCUUCCCCGGACCCACCAUCAUCGCCGACUGGGGUGACACCGUCAUUGUUCACCUGACCAACUCCCUCCAAACCAACGGAACUGGUCUUCACUUCCACGGCAUCCGCCAGAACUACACCGACCAGAUGGAUGGCGUUCCUAGCAUCACCCAAUGCCCCAUCGCCCCUGGAGACACCUACACCUACAAGUGGCGCGCUGUUGAGUAUGGCACCGGCUGGUACCACUCUCACUUCUACGUUCAGGCUUGGGACGGCGUCUUCGGCGGUAUCACCAUCAACGGCCCCGCCACUGCCAACUACGAUGUCGAUCUCGGCCAUCUCUUCCUGAACGACUGGUAUCACCAAACUGCCGAUGAACUCGUGUCCCAUGCUGCCACCGGUGGCCCGCCGACUGCAGUCAACGGUCUCAUCAACGGAACCAACACCUACAACGACACCAUGGGAUCCCGAUUCGAGACUGUCUUUGAGGCUGGCAAGAAGUACCGCCUGCGUCUUGUCAACGCCGCUGCCGACAACCACUUCCGCUUCAUGAUUGACAAUCACACCAUGGAGGUCAUUGCCAACGACUUCGUUCCCAUUGUCCCCUACAACGCCACCCAGCUCAGCAUCGGCAUGGGUCAGCGUUACGAUAUCAUUGUCGAGGGCAAGGACCUAACCGACGGCGACUUCUGGAUCCGCGCUAUUGCUCAGGAGGCCUGCUCCGAGUCCGAUGCUGUUGACGAUGUCAAGGGUAUCCUCCGCUACUCCAACUCCUCCGCGUCCGAGCCCACCACCUCUGCCUACAGCUACGAUGAUUCCUGCGCUGACGAGCUGUCCUCGAACCUCAUUCCUCAUCUCGCCAUCAACGUUUCUUCCGAGUACAUCUCAACCGAUGAGAACGUCGGUGUCAUGGUCCAAGACAACGCCCUGCUUUGGACCAUGAACAAGACUUCCAUGCACACCCAGUGGGAGUACCCGACCGCUCUCCAGCUCUCCCAGAAGAACGAGACCUGGCUCUCCAAGCAGAACGCCAUCCGCUUCCCUCAGGUCAACGAGUGGGUCUACAUGGUCAUCCACUCCCCCUUCGCGCAGGAUCACCCCAUGCACCUUCACGGCCAUGACUUCUGGCUCCUGGACGCUGGCUACGGUAACUUCGACCUCGAUCAGACCGAUCGUCUGACUCUUGUCAACGCCCCGAGAAGAGACGUCGCCAUGUUGCCUGCUAGUGGUUACAUGGUCAUUGCUUUCCCUACCAACAACCCUGGUGCUUGGUUGUGCCAUUGUCACAUCGCUUGGCACACGUCCGAGGGUUUCGCUGUCCAAAUUAUUGAGCGCGAGUCCGAGAUUGAGUACGACAGUGGCGCGCUGAAUAAGACCUGCACCAACUGGUCCAACUACGUUGCCAGCGUUGACCUGAUCCAGUACGACUCUGGUGUUUAG